AACUAUUUCAUUAUAGAAAACUUCACAUAUGCAAACAUAGACUAGACAGUGAACCCUGGUGUACCAUCAUCCAGCUUCAAUUAUUACCAACUCAGGGAUGAUCUUGUUUCAUCUACCACAUAUUUUUCCUCUGACCCCCGACUAGUUUAUUCUGGAGGGGAAAAAGGUAGAAUUUACAUACCAUUUUAUUAAACAAAGAUAAUAAAAGAGAUAGAUGAAAAUUAAUGCCUCAUUAUCCAUAACAUGUUUUAUUAGAGUUGUGAGGACCACAAGCAUAUGAAAAAGAGCAUAUGAAAAAGAUUCUGUGAUUGUAAAACCUAUAUGAAUAUAAAAGGCCACAGCCUCAUAAAAGCUGAUUUCAUUUUGCAUAAAAAAUGUUAAAAUUAGGAUUUGCCACGUUUCCAAACACAGAUCACAGCUUUAACAAAGGUGCUUCUGUAGAUGUUCAGAGCAGACAACCGAACUGUAUCUCUAAAGGUUAUCCUGCUCAAGUUUCUGAACUGCAGUUAGAGCACAACAUCAAUGGCCAUCUUCCUUCACAUUAACACACACCGGCCUCAAACUACAGGUCGUGUGCAUACACAAAUGAUCUCAUUUAAAUUCCAUAUUCCCAUUCACUACAGGAAAACAGCAACUUAACAAACUACUCAGGAAAAGAUGUUCUUAUCAUAUUCCCAGUAUUGUCUCUCUGAAAAAGCUGGAUCUGCUGUCAAUAGGAAGCGCAGUAAUGGCACAGCAAAUGAUCACACAAAGCUGGAACUUCAUUAUCUAACACACCCUCUUCAUAUAAGUUGAGUCACAUCUAUUAUUACCUCCUCUGACAAAAACAAGUCUUAACCAGUGUUAGUGCUACGGGAAACCAAAAGGCUGUGAAUCAUGGAGGGAUGCUCAGUCAGCCAAUUCCUAACAACCAAAUCUUCACCCAGGGCAUAGAGUGGAAGUGUACUGUCUAAACAGAGUCUAUAAUCAUGUGGAAAAAGGUUCAGCAUAAUGACUAUUUCGACAUUCCUUAUGCCUGCUCUCUUCUUCCAAACAUAGAUCAAGCUUUAACCUAUCCCCGGCUCACAAAUUCUAAUUUUAUUCUUUACCCACAAGGGACUUGGUCCUGGGGAAAAGUCAGAGUGGUACAGGUGACUUCAAAAGACAUCGAAGUAAAACGAGGCACGGGAAGGAGGCAGAGGAAGACUGACGCGGCGCAGAGAGAAUGAAAAUUCUUUGGCUGUAGAGGGGACAAAGCGCAGUAUCAGCGUGUCCCGGACUAAGACCAAGAUGGAAAGACGAGAAAAGCAGGGAAGAGAAUGCAUCAGGAGAGAACAGAUUAGGCUCAUAGCAAACGGGAAGAGUCUAUUACAUGUGGAGAACCCUGAUGGGGUAAUCAGAAAGGGGAGGGUGGAUCGUGGAAGAAGACCUGGACCCUGAGAAGAGAGAGUGGUUUGUCUUAAGAUCUGGGGGGAGAAUGGAAAUGGAAAAGGGCCAAUGACUUUUGGAAUUAUGAGGUAGAAGAAUAGUUGAGAGUGACGAAGGUUUGGGAGGACUGAUCUGUUAAAAGAAGGAACAGACAGAAGUCCCGGAGAAUCUGGAAGCACCCUGUGCUAUCUGAGGCGUGAAAUCCACCUGAGGAAACGUAUCAGAGAAAACCCUGUGUCUGCAGUGUCAGUAUGGAUUCCUCAGAUUAUUUAGGGAUGGAGACUCUUUAGCAGUGUUAAAUGAAUUACCUUCCAUUUAUGAGAUGGCUUCUUUGCAAAGAAAAGGGCUGCAGGCAAGGACUCUAAGCUAUGAAGAAGAGGAGAAACUGAAAAGAGAUCAAGCUUUGGUGUCUGAUUUUAAACAACAAAAGUUGGAAAAAGAGGCUCAGAAGAACUGGGACCUUUUUUACAAAAGAAAUAGCACUAAUUUCUUCAAAGAUAGACACUGGACCACCAGAGAAUUUGAGGAGCUAAGAUCAUGUAGGGAGUUUGAAGAUCAAAAGUUGAUAGUGCUUGAAGCUGGCUGUGGGGUUGGAAACUGUUUAUUUCCACUUUUAGAAGAAGAUGUGAAUAUCUUUGCUUAUGCCUGUGAUUUUUCUCCAAGAGCAGUUGAAUAUGUAAAGGUAUUAAAACCAGGCAAAAGCGUCUUAUUUCGUGACUAUGGGCUAUAUGAUCAUGCCAUGCUUAGGUUUAAAGCUGGCAGCAAACUUGGAGAAAACUUUUAUGUUAGACAAGAUGGAACCAGAUCGUAUUUUUUUACUGAUGAAUUCCUGGCUCAGCUCUUUAUGGACACAGGUUAUGAGGAAGUGGUGAAUGAAUAUGUGUUUCGAGAGACGGUGAAUAAAAAAGAAGGCCUGUGUGUGUCGAGAGUUUUCCUGCAGAGCAAAUUUCAGAAGCCUCCAAAGAACCCAAGUCCUGUGACCCUGGACCUGAGACAUAAGUCCUGACCUUUCAUGAUGGUGUUUUUGCCCCUUCUUGAAGAAGACCACUUAAAAUCACUCUUUUUACUUUA